UUCUUGUAAUCAUAUAAUUAGAUUUAAUGAUUUAACAAACCACGUACAUAAAGUACCCUUUUUAAAGCACUUGAAGAAAAAAUUAACUGGCUCCAUUUCGUUUAAAUGGAUCUUGUAGUUGUUUCUUUUGAUAGGCAAGAGAACAACACACAACGAGAGUACAUAAGUAGCUACUUUAAAGAAAUAUAUAAAUAAUACACAAUCUUUAGAGAGAAAACCUAUCGUCAUAAACUAACGCGAACUAGUGUACGAACAGGAUAAAAUUUAGUUCUUAAGAAUAAAGGAUUCGGAUUGUUUCAAGUUGUUUUCAAAUUAUUCUAAACUGAUAAGGGAAAAUAUUUCGUACUAGAUUCAAGAAAGUUUUAUAACAAAUAGUUACAUUUGAAUAUGCAGUUGUUUGGUAAAGUGUCAGUCCUUCUUUUCGGUGUAUAUGUAUUUGGUUUGACGAGUUCUACAAAGGAAUUUGAUCGCCUAAAGUUAAGGGUCAAACAUUUAGAGACUAGACUUAAUAACGAAUUUUCGUUCAGAGACGAAGAUAUUGCUGAAAUUACAGGACGACUAGAUGACAUAGAUGAAGUGUUAAAUGCUACAGUUGGAAAAGAACAGCCCAUUCCUGCAGCAUCAACAGCUGGUGGCAUUGAUUUUAAAACUGUGGAUACAUUGAAAGAGGAUUUCGCUAGACUUAGGGGAGCCUUUACCAAGGAAAAAACUGAGACUGUAAUGUUUCGACGGAAAAUUCCAAAGAUUGAAAACAAUUUGAUAUCCCUCACCAAAGAUGUUAAAGAUUAUUGCGAAGUUGCUGUUAACAACACUGAUCAAUUAAUAACCAGCUUUGGAACGAUCAAAAAGGCGGCUGAAGAAAAGAUAUUAAUGUCUGCAAAUGAUUGUAAAGUGCUUCAAAGUAUAUCAGAACAGGUGCAACUAAACACUGACAAUAAUAAGGCAAUGGCUAAACAAUUUGAAAGCAUUAAAACUCUUAUAACCAAUUCAUAUUCUCACAUAGGUUACUUAAUUCAGGGUCCCUCUUGUCGUUCGCUAAGAGUUUUUGGCAACUUACAAAAUGGAAUAUACAAUUUGGGACAAGGUAUUGAUGUUUACUGUGACCAAACUACAGACGUUGGGGACUGGAUAGUGUUUCAAAGAAGACUGAAUGGAAAAACAGAUUUUUAUCGUACCUGGACUGCGUAUAAAAACGGCUUUGGUGAUCUAAAUGGUGAGUUCUGGCUUGGCAAUGACCAUUUGAGUCUACUGACAUCAAAUGGAGAACACGAACUUCGAAUAGAGUUUGAAGAUUUUAAAGGAAACAGAGCCUAUUCUAAGUACAGUAAGUUCAAGAUAUACCCGGAAGAAGACAAUUACAAACUUGAGAUCAGCGGGUACAGUGGAACUGCUGGAGAUUCUCUUGAAUAUCAUAAUGGAAUGAUGUUCUCAACGUAUGAUAGAGAUAACGAUAUAGACUCGGCGGGCAAUUGUGCAAAGAUGCGUCAUGGUGCGUGGUGGUAUGGUAGUUGCCAGUUUUCCAAUCUCAAUGGAAAGUAUUAUAACCAGCCUGGCAAAAUAGAUAGUGCUGGAAUUACAUGGUAUCAUUGGAAGGAUAAGUACUACAGUUUGAAAAAAGUAGAAAUGAAAUUCCGAUAAACGAAGAUAUUUUUGUCACAAUUUGUAGUAUUUUGUUAUAGAAACUUUAAAGACACUUUUCUUGCGAUAGCUGAUCAAGAAAAAAGACUUUGAACAUGCAUUGUGGAAUCACAUAUAGAAUGACUUAUUCCAUAGUUACGUUGCUGAUUGCAAAUGUUACCUGACAUUAAAUAGUGCCUUAUAUAUGUAUGUUAUGUUUCCAAUUGUUCAAAUUA